CCCCUCGGCGUUUUCCAACACUAGGCAGCAAAACGUUUUCAUUGAGCGAUAUUUUUUUGUUGUUUCCUUCGUUUUUUUCGGCGAAAUUUUGUUUUAAAAUUAAUUCCUUACUGCUCUAGUUGGUUGGCGCCUACGAUGUCCGAUGACGACGAUAUACAGUACAUCAAGCGGCAGCGCACACUGCACUACGGAUCGCUUGAGGAAUCGGAGCGAAAGCGUCUCAAUGCCGCGGCGUCUGGGGCAACAACAACAACGGCGCCGGCAGCGUCUGGAGCAACAACAACAGCAACAACCGGCACGGGCGGGCAACUGGAGGAUAUAGAUUCCGAUGAGGACUACGAGGAGUCCACCAAAAAAACAAGCAACUCCAAACAGGCAGGAGCCCCACCCCCCACUGCUGCUACAUUGGCAAACAAAAUCGACGAUGACUACUUUGAUUUGGAGACGGAAAUGGAGAGGGACAAGGUGGCCCUGCUGGAGGAAUUCGAGCGGAAGAAGCGGGCUCGCCAGAUAAAUGUCUCCACCGACGACACGGAAAUUAAGAGCAAUCUUCGCCAGCUGAACGAACCGAUUUGCUACUUUGGCGAAGGACCAGCGGAGCGGCGAAGGCGCCUCAAGGAACUGCUAGCCGGCCUGGGCGAGCAUGCUAUAAACAGGAAGCAUUAUGAAGAGGAGGAGCGCAAGCAGCAGCAACGGGAACAGGAUCAGGCUACCUGGUAUCACGAGGGACCCGACACCCUGCGCAUCGCUCGGCUUUGGCUGGCAGAUUACUCCUUGCCGCGGGCGAAGGGUCGCUUGGUGAGAGCCCGAGAGGCCCUCGAAGUGCCAAGUGCCACGCGAGCCGGUCGCAUGGUGGAGAUGCAAAAAAAACUACAAUCGUUGGCUCCACUCUGCUCCCAGGUGGGCGACACGCGGCCCGUGAGCAGUGCCGCCUUUAGCGAGGACUCCACACUCCUUCUGACAUCCUCGUGGUCGGGUCUCUGCAAGCUGUGGAGCGUGCCCAAUUGCGAGCUGAAGCAGACGCUGCGCGGCCAUGCCAGCUAUGUGGGUGGAGUUGCUCUCCGGCCGGGAGUGAAAGCGGAUGAGGAGAACGUGGUGGCCAUGGCUUCGGGCGGCCACGAUGGCGCCGUCAAGCUCUGGGGCUUUAAUAACGAGGAGUCUAUUGCUGACAUUACCGGCCACAUGCCGCACCGCGUAUCCAAGGUGGCCUUCCAUCCGUCCGGCCGUUUUCUGGCCACCGCCUGCUACGACUCCAGCUGGAGGCUGUGGGAUCUGGAACAGAAGACCGAGGUGCUCCACCAAGAGGGACACGCCAAGCCGGUGCACUGCCUCAGCUAUCACUCGGAUGGGAGUGUCCUGGUCACCGGAGGACUGGAUGCCUUCGGGCGGGUGUGGGAUUUGCGCACCGGUCGGUGCAUCAUGUUCUUGGAGGGCCACCUGGGCGCCGUUUUCGGCGUGGACUUCUCACCGAACGGCUUCCACAUAGCAACGGGUUCCCAGGACAAUACCUGCAAGAUCUGGGACCUGCGGCGCCGCCAGCCCGUCUACACCAUUCCCGCCCACACCAACUUAAUUUCGGACGUCAAGUAUCAGCAGGAAUGCGGCAGCUUCCUGGUCACCUGCUCCUACGAUUCGACCACAAAGAUCUGGUCGAACAAGACGUGGCAGCCGCUCAAGACGCUGCAGGGUCACGACAACAAGGUCAUCUCGGUGGACAUUGCGCCCAAUUCGCAGUACAUAGCCACCACCUCGUUCGACCGCACAUUCAAGCUGUGGUCGCCGGAUAGCUGAUUUCGAUACCAUUUCUUUAUUGUACUUGCCUGUCGGCGUACGCAGACAAUCUCCAUUUGCGAUCUGCCCGCUGGGCACCACUUACUCAUCAACUGUUUUUGUUAUUUCAGAGACAAUAGCCCAAGGAAGUUCUUGCAGACAUUUCAAGUUUUCGUUUUGUAUGACACAAUUUGUUGUUUUUGUUAGGCGAAAGGCAGAUGCAGCGAUGUUGCAUUUCGUAAAUUUAAGAAUUUUUUAUUGAAAUUGUUAAUAAAAAACACAUUUUUGGUAGAUAAGUGUA